AUGAAAUAUAUUUCCGCCAUCCUAGCUGCCUCGCUGGCUGCGACAAAAGUCGUUGCUCAGGAGACAGGCGAACAUACCGACUGGCCGAGAUGGUGUGGAAAGGUCUAUGAAGCCGGCUACCCCAGCUUUGAGCCUGGAGGGCAUACCACGGAGCCAGUUGACAAUGGCACAACAAACCUCUACAUACAAUUCAAGCCGCGCUAUUCCAUCUAUCUCGACGGAGAGUCGAGCGGCUCUUUUGUUGUUAAUGCCGCCUUGUCACCUUGGUACGGCCUCUCGUGGUCCAAUUCCACCUCAAAUGAAAAUACGACAAAACCAUUUGAUGUUCUUUUCUUUUCCAUCAGCCUCGUCUCGAAUGACAUGGUUCUGGUGGAGGAUUCAAUCCCCGUUAAUGUCACGGGAAAAGAGUACGAGUUUGAUCUUUCAUCAGUCGCGCCAAGUACAACGCCAUAUGAUGUCGUCUUGAGUGGUUCUUCCGAGUAUGGUGAUUGGCAUUAUAAUGCGACAUCCACGCUUCUGUACCUACCGGACAAUCCCGAGGGCAGUGCAACCAAAAUCGACAAUCUCAAGGGUGGCCUUUUAUUCAAGAGCCCCGACACGGGAAACAUUUUCGAGCCUCUCCUCCCAUAUGGAUACUAUGGCCUUUACAAUGGUUCAAACAGCACAGAGGCUGCCGACGAUUUCGUGAGGAACUAUACUAGUGACGGCCAAGGCCUUAAUGCCAUUAUUUCCUUGGCCGGAUUCGACGAUGCCAAUCCAGUGUAUAACAGCAUGGAUCAACAGAGACUACGCUUCAUGUACGACUUGCGAGGUUCAUACCAAAACCUGUCCAUUGUUGAACAACAUGUCAAUGCCGUCAAGAAUCACACAUCAAUCUUUGCCUACUGGACCGCUGAUGAACCUGACGGCCACCAGGCUCCAUUUGAUGCUCCCACCAAUGCACAGGCACUUAUUCAUCAACUUGAUCCUUAUCAUCCGGUUGCGGUCACGUUGAAUUGCCAAGAUUACUACUUUGGGCCCUACUCGGCGGGUGCUGACAUACUCAUGGAAGAUGUCUACCCGAUUGCCAUUAACGCUACCUUUUCCAAAUGGAAUACUACGUGCAACGCUACUUUGGGUGAUUGCGGGUGCGACAACUGCGAUGGAGACGUCCAAGACGUAUCGUCCCGAUUGGAUGAUCUUUCGACCUACGAGUAUUGGCUCGGAAGAUGGCCGUUGCCAAAGUUUCAUAAUCCUCAGGUCUUUCAUGGAGAGGAUUACUGGUUCAGGGAUCCAACACCUGGUGAAGCAAGAGUCAUGAAUGCUCUCGCAUUUAAUCGAGGCGUUACUGGGAUCUUUGGAUGGACCUGGCCUGGAAGCUGGGAAUUAUUCGACGUACAUACCGAGAUGGCCCUUGUGGUUACGCAGCCACCUGUCCGAGAUUUUCUCUUAAGCGGGAAUCCUGGGCGCAUAUUUGCCACAGUCUCAGAGCUUUUGGAUAUAGCUUACUGGGCUAUCGAUGAUCGAGUCAUGGUGAGCGUGGUGAAUGGUGGCAAUGUCGAUUUGCAAGGUCCCUUGUCGUUUGAGAUACCUGGGCACGUAACAACUAUUGAGUCGGUCCCUUUUGGUAAUCUAUCGUGGCAGUUUACCAAUGGUCAACUGAGCAUUGACACACUCCCUACCAUGACGGCAAGUCUUGUAAUACUCAAAGAGUAG